AUGAGUGCUUCCAAGCAGACAAAGCCUCUUGAAGGAACAGCGCUGAAGGACGCUAUCAAGCGCCAAGUGGAGUUCUACUUCUCCCGUGCCAACUUGGCCAAUGACGCGUACCUUGUCUCCCACAUGAACUCGCAGACGUACGUGCCGGUGGAUAUUAUCAUCAAUUUCUCCAAGAUCAAGCAGCUCACGAGCAACACGGCGCUGCUCGUGGAGGCCGUCGAGGACUCGACAGUCUGCUCGCUCAACUCGUCGAAGGACGCCAUCCGGCCCAACAUCAAGUCGGAGCGCACGACCAUUAUUUUGCGCGAGAUCCCGUCGUCGACGAACCCGGAAGAAGUGGAAGCCAUUUUUCAUGAUUGUGGGGAGGUUGCCAGUGUACGAAGCGACGUCGGUGAUACGUGGUUUGUAACGAUGAAUACGGAGGCUGAAGCGGUGAGCACGCUGCUUGCUCUACGCAGCAAGACGUUCAAAGGCGCUGCAAUCAAGGCUCGUCUUAAAUCAGAGAAUAUGCUCAAGUCGUUCUAUCCUACACAGCCGGCAGAAAACGUCAUUGCUCCCGGUGUGAGUACGCCGUAUGGUGGUCGUGGCUACUAUGCCUCGCCCAACGUGGGCUUCUACGACAAUUAUGGCGUCCAAUAUAAUGCAUUAGACCCGCGUGCAGGUCCGAACUACAGCAAUAAUGGUGCUGAGAAGGAACGAUAUGCUGGUAACUUUCAGCGUGGCGGCGCUGCUGCUGGCCGUGGAUUUGGCCGACAGAACCGGUCCAAUGGACCUGGCAUGUAUCAUCAAAAAGAAGGCCGCCCGAAAAGUGGUAGCUCUGAGCAGCGGAGGGCUGGAGGUCCUAGGAAGAAUAAGGACAAUCGUGUGAAGGCGGCGGUUCAUCAGCAAACGAACGAUAGUAGUGACGGCAAAAAGCCCGCGCCCGCUACCUCGUCCGAACGCCAGCCUAUUAUGAACGCGGCGAACUUCCCUCCGCUACCCACGGCUUUGGAAAAGGAUGAAGUGUCGAAAGUGAUCACCUACAAGUACGCUCACGAAGACAUCAUGGAAAUCGUGAAGAACAUGGACGAGAAGGAUUGCAUGCUGCCGGAAGGCGAGAUGGAAUAUGCAGCACACCCGGCUGCUCUGACCGCUGAAGCACAUCCAGACUUGUUGCGCAACCAGCGCACGUACAGUAUUGAGCAGGCUCGUGAUGCUAUGCGUCAAGGACGGCCAAUUCGUAGUGACUCUGUUGGAUCUAUUGAUUACGAGAGUAUGAUGUACGGUGAAGAGUACACCAAGGAUGCCCGUGAGCAGCGCAAACAAAAAGUGGAGAGCGCACCUGCAUCCACUAACGCUAUCCAGUCCUCGAAGCCAAUUUCUGCUCCGCCUUCUUCAGCAAAAACGACUGUAGUGCCUGCAAAGAUUGUCGGCUACGCUGCGGCUGUCAUUAAUGGCACCCCAGCGGCUCCCGCCCCAGUUGUUGACUCGAAGAAGAUCCCGGCCGUUUCCAAGACCACCUCGAAAAAAGCUGCUGUUAAGGAAGAAGCAAAGUCUGCCAAGAGUGCAGCCAAGACUGCUGAGAUUGCGCCUAAAGCCGCUGCAGUCCCUGCGGUGGAUGAGUCGUUGCCGAAGACUGGUGCAUGGGGAGGGCGCAAUUUUCUGGACGUAGUCAAGGCUGACCCGCCUGCUGCUCCGGAGAAAGCGACGGCUGCUGAGCCUGUAAGCACCAGUGAAAGCAAGUAG